GUCAAAAAAUUUAACACACCAGCAGUGUGAAGAGACCUGAAAGUGGCACAUGGCAGCAGAGUGUGGCGAUGGAGACAGCAGCAAUGGGAGGCCGUACAGGGACCCAUGAGAGACUCUGGACUUGGCAGCAGCAUGAGGAGGCGGGUAGGCGGGGCCCAUGGCAGAUUAGGGGCCUGGCAGCAGCUAUGUGAGGCCCGUAAUCUGCCUGCACCCUAUGUCAAAAAAUUUAACACACCAGCAGUGUGAAGAGACCUGAAAGUGGCACAUGGCAGCAGAGUGUGGCGAUGGAGACAGCAGCAAUGGGAGGCCGUACAGGGACCCAUGAGAGACUCUGGACUUGGCAGCAGCAUGA